CAUCCUGACGCUGAGUCCCUUUAUGUAGAGACGGUGGACGUGGGAGAGGAGAAGCCGCGGACAGUGGUCAGUGGUCUGGCCGGGCUCUACCCCAUGGAGGACCUUCACCAGAGGCUGGGGGUGUUCCUGUGUAACCUCAAGGCCGUCAAAAUGAGGGGCGUGGAAUCCCAGGCCAUGCUCAUGUGUGCCUCAGUAGAUGAGCCACGGGCAGUAGAACCAUUGGAUCCACCCCAGGGAAGCGCUCCGGGGGACAGGGUGGUGUUUGAAGGAUUCGAAGAUGGAACACCAGAAGAAGAAUUAAAACCCAAGAAGAAAGUCUGGGAAAAAUUACAGGUGGAUUUAAGAGUGGACGGGGACAGUAAAGCUGAAUGGCAGGGCCACAUAAUGAAAACAAAACUAGGAAAUGUUACAGCUCACAGUCUAAAAUGUGUUCCUAUCAAGUGAUAG